AUGUCUGCAAUCAAUAUCAGCGCUCUGCAUCCUCCUGAAUUUAUUUUAACUGGCUUUCCAGGAUACCAAGGUUUACAGCACUGGAUUGCAAUUCCUUAUUGCAUUAUGUACAUUCUCAUAAUAGUUGGUAACUUUACAAUUUUGUUUGUUGUCUUUUCAGAACAAAGUCUUCAUCAGCCUAUGUACUACUUCAUCUGUAUGCUGGCAAUCAUUGAUUUAGUUUUAAGUAAUUUGAUUUUACCCAAACUUUUGCUGAUGCUACUGUCUGAAGACUACACUAUAAGUUUUCAAGGCUGUCUCACUCAAAUGUUUUUUAUCCAUGUCUUUACAGUUCUUGAAUCCUCAGCCUUGCUAACUAUGUCAUUUGAUCGUUAUGUUGCUAUUUGUAAUCCACUGCGCUAUUCUGCUAUUUUUUCUAACUCAUUCAUUAUGAAAAUUGUUGGAUUAAGUAUAACACGGGGUGUGGUUUUUAUCAUGCCUCUGCCAAUACUUGCUUCUAGGCUGCCAUACUGUAAUUCUAACAUAAUUUCAAUUUCUUACUGUGAUCAUAUGUCAGUAGUAAAGCUUGCCUGUGCUGACACUACACUUAACAGCUCCUAUGGCUUAGUGGUUAUAUUUCUAGUUGUGUCAGAUAUGUCAUUUAUUGUUUUCUCCUAUAGCAUGAUCCUUAGAGCUGUAUUAAAGCUUGGUUCUGGGGAAGAACGCCAGAAAGCCUUACAUACUUGUGGCUCCCACCUCUGCGUAGUCGUAUUUGCCUAUAGCUCUGCCACAUUUUCAUUUAUAACACACAGGUUUGGCAGAGCACUUCCACCUGAGUUUAUUGUUGUCUUUGCUUGCUUGUACCUGAUUCUCCCUGCAAUGUUAAAUCCAAUCAUAUAUGGAGCUAGGACAAAAGAAAUUCGCAGGUAUGUUCUCAACACAUAA